CUUGCGCUGAAAAACCUUGAUAUGAGAUUAUGUUAUGGAAUUGAAUCUGUAGAAAUAUGUGAUUCAAAUGUUGCAUCCUUUUGUUCCCUUGGUUCACCAAUUAGUUUAAGACUCGAUAAUCUACAAAAGCUUGAAAAGAUUUGUAUUAGUAUAGGCUAUUCAUGGAAGAAGAUUAACGAUAUGUUUUGCCAGAUAUCUUGCAGCGUACCGUAUCUCCAAGUUCUUGAGUUGUACCUAUACGGUCUACAGGGAGCUCGAGAGCUUCUUCCGUUCCCUAAUCUAAGAAAAGUGAUACAGUUGAUGAUCAGUGUUGUGGAACGGGAUGACGAUGGUCUUUUUGUGUUGACCUCCCUGGUAGAAGCUUGCCCAAAUUUGAAGAGAUUUUCAAUUGAGGUAGUACUUCAUCUAUCUUUGGUUCUUAAUUGA